UUUUUUGUUUUUUAAAUGCGCAAAGAAUCCAGGCACAAACGCUUAUUUAAAUACCACAACACACCCACAUGACAUGACGACACAUACUGGAUAGAUUCAAGAGUGCUUGUGAAACGAAACAUUUAUUUGUCUUCAUUGCUCUUAGAUAAUUACCUCGCAAUUCUGUUUGGGGCCAUUCAAUCGUGCUGUGCAGUUUUCAUAUAGUAACUGUGAUUUUGUUAUGCGCUCUAGUUAACCCAAUCAAAAGUUACACUUCGUGUUUUGACAAUAUACAGUGCAAAAUGAAAAGUCACAUUUCCUUCUUCAUUACUCUGUUCGCUGCAUACUAUGUUUUCCAGGAAGCCUCGUGCAACUCGCACAGCAGAAACGGCUGGAAAUUAACCAAGGUGCUGGGAUUUUCUUGGGCAAACUGCGGAAAGUCAGAUGACCCCGCAACCAUGAAGACUCUUAAUUUGUCCCCAGACCCCAUUCCUAUUCCAGGAUAUUUAACAGCAGAAGCAUCAGGCACCACAUCAGUAGAGCUUACCUCUCCUCUUUCUGUGAAUGUAACACUGGAAAGAGAAGUUGCUGGUGUGUGGGUAAAAAUACCUUGUAUAGAUGAACUAGGAAGUUGUCAUUACCCAAAUGUAUGCGACUUGCUCGAUGAACUCAUCCCUCCAGGACAAGACUGCCCUGAGCCUCUGCAAACAUAUGGCCUGCCCUGCCACUGUCCAUUCAAAGCUGGUGAUUACUCUUUGCCAUCAUCAGGUUUUAACAUACCAGAAGUUGAAUUGCCUAGCUGGCUGACCAACGGCGAUUACAAAGUUCAGGGCAUUUUAGGAAACUCUGAAAAAGAACUGGGUUGCAUUAAAGUCAGCUUCUCAUUACAUUCCUCCUUACACAAGUAACACUAUGAAAGGGAGAGACCUAGCACCCUUUUAUAGCACAGUGAGCUUUUCCUGGCUUUUGGGUGGCUCUUAGAAAGAAAAUAGGAGAUACAAAUAUUUUUUUAAUCAUUAAUUAUUGGUUGAUUAAUUAAUAGGAAUUUACUCAUUCUUAUUUGAAUGUUUUAUCAAGUUUUAACUUCUGCAUUUGUUCUCCUUGAUGCACUAAUGCAUCAGUGAUUUUAAUGAAGCUGAGAUGUUUGUGAAUCAGUUUUCAUUAAAAAAUAAUUUUCCUGCUCAUGUCUGUUCUUGGUAGACAUUAAAAAAAGUUUACAGCUGUUGUCUGUAGGGUACAACGGGGUUAAAGGCACACGCACCUUAAGUAAAAAUCACUUUUUUUUUUACCUGAUCAAAAAGUGUAUCAAGGUGGGGAAAAUUUUUAAAUAAUAUAAUUUUUUUUUUUUUUUUUAUGAAAAAUUGAUGGAGCCAUAAUUUGUGUGAAUAAAUAAAAGGUUGUUUUGAUUCAAAUUAUUAUUAUUGUUUUUCAAAGGAGGCGAGGGAAACUUUUACCCCACACUUAAUUAAAAAAUAAGGCUGUGUAAAUAUAGGGUUAUUAGUGGUAGGGCAACAUUUUUCAAUUUAGUUCAAAUGUGAUAAUUUCCGGUAUUCUCAUUAGCUACAUACAUUUGCAACAUAAAAUUCUUAAAUAUUAAACUUUAGACAUUGCACACAAUGAUCAUUGAUUAGGAAUAUUUUGCUGUGUGUAGUGAUAAACAGGUAUUAAAUAAAGCACUGUUGCAGUUUUU